AGGACAUGACGUCACGGGUGUCAACAAGAGUUCUCCAAUCCCCACCUUUGCCGCGCCGCACAACCGCUGAUCUUUGCAGGGUCUUCACAUCAUGUCAGUAAUUCCCCUUUCACUGUAUUGCCUCUCCUCUACUGAACCUGUGAUGAAAUGAUGUAGAACAUGAUGGAGUUGAAUGGGAUUGAAUCUGUGAGUGGUAGUCUUAUAUAUGAAGCACCCACCUGUGGUUCCUGCUGGCUGUGAUCGGUAAAGGACUGUACAGCAUGGCAGCGACCUGCAUCAUGAAGCAGGUGGAGGAGCGCCAUGUUGCUAAUGAGAUAAUAAAGUGUGUGUGGUCACCCAAGAUGGAUCUGGUGGCUAUUGCAAAUAUCAAAGGUCAGGUGGCAAUGCACAGACUCUCUUGGCAAAGAGUGUGGGUCAUCAGUGCGCCCGGGGAGGGGAUUAAGGUCACAGGGCUGGCUUGGCGACCUGACAGCAAGAUCCUUGCUGUGGGAUACUCGACAGGAGAAGUGGUGCUAGUGGAUAUUGAGGACAGCAGUGCUAUCCACCGGCUGAACAUGAGUGUUGAGGUGACAGCACUCAGUUGGGCAGCACAUGUGCCUGAGGAACCCACCAAGGAGGAGACCAUGUUCACUGACAUGUCCGAUAAUUACCUCCCACCACUGCCAUCACUUUCCAAGACAUACACAGGGGGCAGUGGGGAGGAACAGGAGGAAGGUUGGCAUGAAGGACGGCUCCUCCGGGACCAAAACUGCUUAACUCUUCUCACCGUGGGCACUGCUACUGCUGCCAUCCAUCUGUAUGCCUUUGGCCUCUUCCAUUGUGCCACUGUGGAGUUAAGUGAGACUGUGCCUGGGGCAGGACCAGUGCUAGAUGCUACUCCUUCCCAUGACCUGCACCUGCUCAGCUGUCUGGUAGAGAGGGAGACAGGAUCUGGUCGGGAGUUGGUUCAUGCCACAGUGGAGACGCUAGUGCUGGCCUGUCGCCACCAAGAGCUGCACGCUCUGGCUCGUCGCUAUGGCCAGAUCCUCGGCCUGAUGAGUUAUGCUAACCAUACCCUCACACUGCUGGAGGAGGCCUGGGAGAGCAUUCUGCUGGAGCUGGACCACAAGCUGGCCGACUAUGCCCGCACUGUGCCGGAAGGAGGUGUUGCUGCAGAUUUCCUCGAGCUUUUAGUGUUUGGUCGCACCUCAUCAGAGUUUGAGGUGUUCUUGUCCAAUGAGCUGACGGAGAAAGGUCUCAAGAAGCUGGGCCACUCUAUUGAGCUGAGCUAUUCUAACAUUCAGAAGCUGGUGCUGCGGAAUGUGCAGGCGGUGGGUCAGGCACUGGUGCACCAACUGAGUGCACUGAUGGGCCUGGCACGAUGCCACGGUCGCUUUGGGGUGCUUGGGGUGGAGGAGGAGUCAGUUGGCCGGGCAGUGCAGGAGGCCGGUGCCUUUGUGCUCAAGGCAGUAGAGCUGCAGCAGGUGAUAGAUGCAGCCAUGACCACCUUCAAGGCCUUCCUGCGCUGGUUGUAUGUGGUGGUCCAGCGUGCCCGUGCCGAGUCUGUGCCUGAGGACAUGACUCGUGGCACCCAACAAGAUCUCACUUACAUAGCAGAGUUCCUGCAUGACGGCCUGGAAGACACCCCUGCUGGUUCUUCCAGUGGUGCCCAGGGGGAGAGGCGGCCAAGGUUCCGCCUGGAGCGUGUUGGUCAGUACUUGAAGGAUGCCCCACUGUCCUGUCCCCCAGAGUCUGGGCCCAAUCCUUGGGUGGCCUUCUUGGAGAAGCAUCCAACCUUGGCCAAUCACCCUUUGAUUUUUCCUCAUCACCGUGACCGUUCACUUGUGCAGGAACUUAACAGCAUGGCAGGUGUGCUGGAAAGUAUGGCUAGUCAGCCAGCACAAGUCAUCAGUGAGGCCAUUACUGUGGCCUCCUGGGUGCCCUUGGUGAAGGUUACAGAGGGCACGACAGUGAGUGUGAGUCAGAUGAGCUGUCCGAAGGAUUCUGCUGUUUACACUGUUGUGUUGCCUUGCUCUGGCCAGUCUCUGCUGUAUUUGGCUCGCUGGUCUACCAAACCGGAGGUAUUGGUUCAUGCUUCAGCAGGGCCUGGACCUGCCCACCAUGUUGAGGCCAUGCCUUUUGUGUUCUCACGGCUGGAUGGAGCACGAAGCACCUCUCAGGACCAGGCCCCUACCACCUCUAUUCUGAAGUUAAUGGGAGCACAGUUCUAUACUGAAGAAACUCUAUCUGUGCUGGCACAGGACCCCAAUGACCCACGUACAGCUCUUUUCAUCCAGCUUUGGGUGGUGGCUGCAGCAGGGGAGCUCAGGCCCCUGGCUUUGUAUGGGGGCCAUUCACUGGCAGAAGCUAAUCUGACGCCCUGUGAUGCUGGGACACUUGUUGAUGCCAGUGGUUUCAGGCGGCUGGAGGGUGGCCCACUCACCACAUUAGCUGUGUCUGGGUCCCGGAAGGUGGCUCUUCUGCUCUCUGAGAACAGACGGCGGGUGAGGCUAUUUGAAAUGGAAGUGGAUGAGGAUGAUGAAGAUGAUGAGGAUGAGGACACUGCAGCUCAACAUGAGUCCAUAAUAAAUGCCUCUGGUGCCUCAGAUGAUCAGGCUGAUACCUUAUAAUGUAAAGAAGGGACAAGCAAGUUGUAUGUUUAUAAGUUUCCACUGCUUUAAUGGACAAUUUUUCAUUAAAUGAUUAGACAGUA